CUAACAAGCAUACUAAACAAAACAUGAAAGGAAAUCAAAGUUUAUUGAUCCUAUUAUUUGAAUUUCUCUUCUUUUUUCUUGGAGGAGAGUCAAUAUCAUCCUCGGCUACUAAAUCAGGAAAUAACAAUCAAGUUUAUAUUGUAUACAUGGGAGCCGCAAAUUCAACAAAUGCCCAUGUUUUAAACACUGUGUUAAGAAGGAAUGAAAAAGCUCUAGUACAUAACUAUAAGCACGGAUUCUCAGGCUUCGCAGCUCGUUUAUCGAAAAAUGAAGCAGCCUCAAUUGCUCAACAACCUGGAGUUGUGUCUGUGUUUCCAGAUCCCAUUCUGAAGCUUCACACAACUCAUUCUUGGGAUUUCCUCAAGUUGCAAACUCAUGUCAAAAUCGACAGCACUCUCUCCAAUUCUUCUUCUCAAUCUUCAUCGUCGGACAUCGUAAUCGGCAUGUUAGACUCAGGUAUAUGGCCAGAAGCAACAAGUUUUUCGGACAAUGGAAUGGAUCCUAUUCCAUCCGGUUGGAAAGGCAUUUGCAUGACAUCAAAUGACUUCAACUCAUCUAAUUGUAAUAGGAAGAUAAUAGGAGCAAGGUAUUACCCUAACCUUGAAGGGGAUGAUCGUGUGGCGGCCACAACAAGGGAUACAGUUGGGCAUGGAACCCACACGGCUUCGACAGCGGCGGGGAAUGCCGUGAGUGGUGCAUCAUACUAUGGUCUCGCGGAAGGGAUAGCAAAAGGUGGUUCCCCUGAAUCGAGGUUGGCGAUUUACAAAGUGUGCAGCAAUAUUGGUUGCUCUGGCUCUGCCAUACUUGCGGCGUUUGACGAUGCAAUUUCUGAUGGAGUUGAUGUGCUUUCGCUCUCCCUUGGUAGGGGUCCGAGUUCCCAACCUGACUUGAAAACCGACGUGAUUGCAAUUGGAGCGUUCCAUGCCAUGGAGCACGGCAUCGUGGUGGUUUGCUCCGCUGGGAAUUCUGGUCCAGAGCUAAGUACUGUUGUUAAUGAUGCACCUUGGAUAUUAACGGUUGCUGCCACCACUAUUGACCGUGACUUUCAGUCCAAUGUUGUCUUGGGUAAUAACAAAGUUGUCAAGGGUCAAGCCAUAAAUUUCUCCCCUCUUUCAAAAUCUGCCGAUUAUCCAUUGAUAACUGGAAAGUCUGCUAAGACAACUACUGCUGACUUAACUGAAGCAAGUCAGUGUCAUCCAAGUUCAUUAGAUAAGAAAAAAGUUGAAGGAAAUAUUGUCAUCUGCGAUGGGGUAGAUGGUGAUUAUUCAACCGAUGAAAAAAUUAGGACGGUGCAAGAGGCGGGUGGAUUAGGUCUUGUUCAUAUUACUGACCAGGAUGGAGCUGUGGCAAAUAUUUAUGCAGACUUCCCAGCAACAGUGGUAAGAUCAAAAGAUGUUGUCACACUCCUCAAAUAUGUCAAUUCAACGAGCAAUCCAGUAGCAACAAUUCUACCAACAGUCACAGUCAUAGAUUAUAAGCCUGCACCUAUGGUGGCAAUCUUUUCAAGUAGAGGACCUUCAGCUCUUUCAAAGAAUAUUCUCAAGCCUGAUAUUGCAGCACCAGGUGUUACCAUUCUUGCAGCAUGGAUUGGAAAUGACGAUGAAAAUGUUCCAAAGGGAAAAAAGCCCUUGCCGUAUAAACUUGAAACCGGAACUUCCAUGUCAUGCCCACAUGUUUCGGGCCUUGCAGGUAGCAUCAAAUCUAGGAACCCUACUUGGAGUGCCUCUGCAAUCAGAUCAGCCAUCAUGACAUCUGCAACACAAAUUAAUAAUAUGAAGGCUCCCAUUACUACAGAUUUAGGGUCAGUUGCCACACCUUAUGACUAUGGAGCAGGGGACAUAACAACAAUUGAAUCAUUCCAACCAGGUCUCGUUUAUGAAACUAGCACCAUUGACUACUUGAAUUACUUGUGUUACAUAGGAUACAACACAACCACUAUUAAGGUUAUUUCAAAAACUGUCCCUGAUACUUUCAACUGCCCCAAGGAAUCAACUCCUGAUCAUAUUUCCAAUAUCAAUUAUCCUUCCAUAGCAAUUUCCAACUUCACUGGGAAAGAAACUGUGAAUGUGAGUAGAACUGUUACAAACGUUGGCGAAGAGGAUGAAGUAGCCUACUCUGCCAUAGUUAAUGCUCCUAGUGGUGUGAAAGUUCAGCUGAUUCCAGAGAAACUACAAUUCACAAAAAGCAAUAAAAAACAAAGCUACCAAGCUAUUUUCUCUACUACUUUAACCUCGUUGAAGGAAGAUCUGUUUGGAUCCAUUACAUGGAGUAACGGUAAAUAUAGUGUUCGAAGUCCUUUUGUACUAACUAUGUAGCUAAAUGGAAAGAAACGAUAAAUAAAUACAAGCUAAGUUCUUGUAGAUGCUUACUUAAUUAUGUGUUGUGUAUGUUAUUUACCCAUUUUAAGUUUUAUUAUAA